CGUCAUCCCGUCCCGCAGACGACCUUGCCACCAUAAGAUUUUAAAUAAAAUAUCAACACUCGACCCUCGCCAUACGUCGUUUUGUUCGUCAGUUGAUGACGUCUUCUAGAGGAUCGAUCCGUGAACAAGGAGAAUGCACCUUUGCCCCCUUGAUUUGCGUAACGGUGUAUUGACUCUGGCUGGAUUGGAUUAUUUUUAAAGAGGAGAACAAUUGGGUGGAGAGCCUCAUUUGCAAUUUGAGACUGGGUGCCUAUAUCCGAACCAAUUUUCCAUCAUUUCCGUGCCAUUGUUUUCCAAGCAAUUAACCAGAGAAGUACAUUAAAUCCAAUCCAGUGUAAAUAAGCGACUAAAUUAACGCAGACGUCCAUCACUAAUCGCAAAUAACGUCCCAUCCCAGCACCCUCGGAACCUUUAUAAAGACCUCGCGUCAGAAAAAUUGUGACGACAUUGUUUCACAAACGUCCACUCGGAAGGAAGAAUUAAGCACCCGAGACAGGAAGAAGAAAAACCGUGAAAAAUGAAAAACUUGGACAUUUCAGCCCCACCUGAACCAUCAUGUGGGAAGAAAGCCUUCAAAAUGGUGAAGCGUCGCUUACCAGUGAUCGGAUGGAUAAGACGGUACACAAAAAAGGAUUUUAUUUCCGACAUGAUCGCCGGCGUCACCGUUGGUUUGACCGUCGUUCCUCAGUCGAUGGCUUAUGCAGCCAUUGCAGGACUGUCCCCUGAGUAUGGACUUUACUCCUCUUAUAUUGGCGUCUUGAUCUAUGCUGUCCUUGGUUCCUGUGCUCAAGCCACGAUCGGCCCCACGGCAGUUAUGGGACUUCUCACGUUUCAAACUUGUGGUCAAGAUUAUCCAUCGUGCGCAAUUCUGACAGGGUUUUAUUCCGGAGUUUUUGAACUCCUUUUAGCCGUCCUUAGACUCGGUUGGGUCGUGUCGUUCAUCUCUGAACCAGUUACAGUCGGUUUCACAGCAGGAGCCGCAAUGACAAUCAUAUCCUCACAGAUAAAAUCCUUCCUGGGAAUAUAUGGUUACAAGGGGUCCGGAUUUGUGGGGUAUUGGCAAAAGGUCAUUGAGGACUUCCCAACGAUUCAUGCUGGAGAUGCAGUUAUGGGAAUUUCCGCCUUCAUUUCGUUGAUGCUUCUUCGGAAACUCAAGGACGUAAAUCACGACAACAAAUUCAUAAAAACUACGCUUUGGCUGAUUUCAUUGUCUCGAAACGUUAUUAUCAUAAUAAUUACCACUGUUAUUGCCUGGGCCUGGAAAACGCCUCCAUUCAAACUUGUCGGAAAUGUUCAGGGAGGAUUUCCUUCAGUCUCACUUCCCCCAUUCCUUCUCCCAUCGCGAGAAUCUGAAGCUGGAUAUGGUCCGGACGCCACGAAUGAGACAAUUCUGGAGGGUGCUGACGAACGAUUGAGUUUCUUGGAUUCAUGGUCACUCAUUUCUACCGGACCGUUGGUCAUUGCACUGAUUUCAAUUCUGCAAAACGUCGCGAUUUCUAAAGCUUUCGGCAGUGGGCAGAAAGUGGACGCUACGCAAGAAAUGAUCGCUUUGGGCAUGUCUUCCAUCGUUGGAGGAUUCUUCAGCUCAAUUCCAACCUCUGCAAGUUUUUCGAGAUCCGCAGUGAAUGAAGCGAGUGGGGUCCGAUCUCCUUUGGGGGGUUUAUUUACUGGAGUUUUGGUCAUUUUGUCGCUUGGAUUUUUAACUCCAUCCUUUUACUACAUACCUAAAGCAAGUCUGGCAGCGGUGAUUAUUGCAGCAGUCAUGUUCAUGAUUGAGUAUGAAUCCAUCCUUCCAAUGUGGAGAAUUGCAAAAAUGGACGCCAUUUCCUGCAUCAUCACCUUCGUCGCCUCUCUCUUUCUCGGGAUGGAAUACGGCAUCAUAAUCGGCGUCGCCGUCUCCGUGGGCUGCCUCCUUUUGAAAUCUCUGCACCCAGAAAUGCAAAAUGAAAUCAGAGAAGAUUCCCGCACCGGAAUUCCCUACUUGCACAUCUCUCCAGCAAACUCUGGCGUCAACUUCCCCUCCGUCGACCACAUCUCUUCCACAAUUCAGAAACUUUCCUUAAAACACAAAAAAUGCAGGGUUAUCGUGCUCAAUUUUAGCCAAUGGGACACCUACGACUACACGGCAGCAAAUACGCUAAUUUCUCUAGUGAAAGGGAUGAAGAAGAAUGGGAAGAUUUUUAUUUUCACGAACAUUAGCUCAGAAUGGGUGAGUGUCCUGCAGUUUGCUGGAUUGGCGCAUCCCCCCACAAUUUCUGGGGACGAAGCCGAGUUGUCGGAGUACCUGAGGAAAAAUAUUCAGCCAGUUAUAGCCCUCGACUUGGGACUUGACACGGGCAAAUGUUCGGGAAAUAAUGGGGGAGGUGGUGGUGGUGGUGGUGCAAGUGGGGGUCAAGUGGGUAUCAGUAUUGAUCGAGAAUACAAUUACAGAUCGAAUCCCAGUUUGAGUGGGGCGGACUCCACGGCGUCCGAAAGUUCGGAGGUAACCACGACGAAUAGUGCUAAAGGGUUAGUUUAAAAAGGGGGAAAUAAUAUAUUUUGCACCACUAUUUUAUUUCUUGUUAAUUGAUAAGUUUUUCAGUGUAAGGUUACAUUACGUAGGGAAAAAAUAUGUUGUUUUCUCUUCUAACAUACUAUUUAGUAUUAUUAUAUUAUUCGUUAUAUUAUUAUUAAG